GACACACACACACGCACACGCGGGCCACGCCGCGCACACCCGCACCCGCGCCCGCGCUCACACUCACUCACACUCACACUCGCGCGCAGGCCCCGCAGCCGCCGCCGCCUCCGGAAGCGGCGCUCGGCCCGGAUCCCGGCCGGGCUGGAGAAGGAGAAGACCUGGGUGAGAAGCUGCUGCCGCCUGAGCCAGACUGGGACCGAGACCCCGUUGCUCCUGCUGCCGCUGCCAGCGCAGGGCCUCCCUGAGACCAGGCCAGGGAUAGACCUCGUGGGCCGGAGGGGCCCCCUUAGCCUGCAGACAUCGAGCAGAGACGACUGGCCGCCCUGAGCGCAAUUCAAUUCAACAGACAUUUACUGAGUGCCUACUAUGCGCCAGGCCUUAGGCUAGGCACGGGGGUGGGGGAGCAGAGAGGAAGAUGGGGUCCCAUCCUCAGGUAGCUCUGGGCUGGGGGGGCUUGGAGAAGCUGAACGGCUCAGCACCAGGAGAGAAGCUGCAUGCGGGGCUGGAAGCAGCAGAGGUACCUGGGUUCCAGUGCCUCCCUGGAGAGCUGCUGUCUCUCGUCUGUGCCUCAGUUUACCCAUCUGUAAAAUGGGGGUGGGUGAGGUGAGGUGGGGUGAGGCGAUCUCUAGGAUCCUUCCAGGAUUCCAUGGGGAUAGAAUCAAGGGAUGGGGGUAGAGCAGCAAGACCACUACUCUCCCUGCACAGAGGAAAUCUGAAGGCUUCUUGGAGGAAGAGGCAUGAGGUCCGGGUUAUAGGGGGUGGAGAAAAGUGGGAAUGGCACCCAGGCUUAGGAACAGCAUGAGCAGAGGCCCAGAGGACAUGUAGAUGGGCAUCCCCACAGCUUCCCAGGUUUAAAGGGAUGUCAUGGGGUAGGAGCUGGGUGGGGGAGGGGCCCAAGGGUGACAUGUUGGGGUGUGAGCUCUGCUCUGUGAGCUGUUCAGGGCAGAGAGUCAGGAACAAUGGUCCUACUUUGUCCUGCCCCUUCUCUUCUCCUUUCCCCUGGGGUACAUGUCAUAGUCAUGUUUCCAUAGGACCUUGUGGGCAAGGUGGUGUCCGCGCCGUGCUGGGCACUUUGCAACCCUAUAAAGUGGGCGUUGAUGGGCCCAGUUCACAGACAAGGACAUGGAGGAUGAGAGAGGGAAGCUUCUCGCCCAGAUCAUGAUCUGAUCCCCAAACCCCCUGCGCUUCUCCCACUGGCUCUCCCUGAGGAGUUUUUCUGUCCUGUGUGACGUCUCCCAUCCUGGGAACCCCCACCCUCCCAAGCUCUGAGGAGUGCCUGCCACGGGCAACGCAGCCGUCUUUGGAGGUGAGAGUGGGAAGACCCCCAGAUGUUGUUAGCAGGUGGGCUCUCUCCAAGACCUGGCUGCCCCUGCAGCCACCCUUGGAGAUGGUGAGGCGGGGUUCCUUCCCACUUUACAGAUGAGCAGGCUGAGGCCCGGGGGUGGGGAGUCAUGUGGCCUAGUGGAAAGUCAAACUCAGGGAAGUGACAGCCUGAGCAGGGAGCCCUGUCUCCUCUCGCCCAGCUGAGUGCAGCUGGAAGGAGAUCCAGUUUCCCUGAGAUCCGUGCAGAAGGAGACCCCUACAAGCCCUCUCCAGGAAGUGGAAAAGACUGGCAUUGGAACCCAGACCUGGGUUCAAUUUUUUUUUUUUUUUUUUUUUUUUUUUUUAAUUUAUGAUAGUCACACAGAGAGAGAGAGAGGCAGAGACAUAGGCAGAGGGAGAAGCAGGCUCCAUGCACCAGGAGCCCGACAUGGGAUUCGAUCCUGGGUCUCCAGGAUCGCGCCCUGGGCCAAAGGCAGGCGCUAAACUGCUGUGCCACCCAGGGAUCCCUCAGACCUGGGUUCAAAUGCUGGUUUUGUCUUGCACAAAUGGUGGGAUCUUGAGCAAGUCGUUAAUUACUCUGAGCCUUGGUUUCCUUAUCUGUGGAGGGAGACAGCAGGCCUCCUUCGUUCAGUGGUUAGUAGAUCUUUAUUGAACACCUACUGGGUGCCUGGUUGGUGCUGGGCUUUAAUGGAAAAUCUGGCCCUCCCUCGGAGAACUCAGUCCAAGAGUAAAAGCAGCAGUUCCGAUUCUGGUGGAGAUGGGGAAAACCCUGGGGGCUGUGGGAACCCACAGGAGGGACCCUAACCAGACAGGUUUACUUGGCAGAGGAGGCAGGAGGGCAGGAGAGGAGAGCAGGAACCCACUACGCAGGACCCCAAGGGCUGGCCUCAGAUGUCUGCUGUUGGAACCUUACCAGAUCAGUAGGGAGCCAGUGAAGACUUUUGAGAAAGGGAGUGCCACACUCAGAGAUUUAUCCUCUAGGAGGCUCAUGCUCUGCCGGAUGGAGGAUGAGUUGAAGGAGGCCAGAAGAGGGGAGACAGACCAGAGAGGAUGCUGAUAGAGAAGUUCAUUUGGGGCAAGGAAAGAGGCUGAAGCAUCACAGAGGGGGUGCACAGAGGCUUCCAGGUGUGGAGGGGCUGGGCAGCUGUGGGCUUCUGGCUGGCUCAGGGCAGAGGCAGGAGUGGGGAGAGGAGUGGAGGGACAGGAGGCAGGUGGUAUGAGGGGGUGGGCCUGGUCAGAAGCCUCUGGAGGGGCGAGAUGCUGGAUGGGGCAGGGAGCAGGCUUGGGAGUUGCAGAGGGCCAGGCCGGGACCUCAGGGGAGGCCAGCGUAGAGGAGCCUGAGGGGGAGUGCAUGGGAGGUAGGAGGAGAAGCCAGGUGUAGGGACUUCGGGAGGGGGAUGGCACAAAUCACAUGUGUCGGGCACUUUGCCCAGUGCCAGGUCCACGAGAGGGCCCCGGGGCGGCAGGGGGGGGGGGGCGGCGUUGCCACAAGUCUUUGACCGGCAAGCAGACCGUAGUCUGUCCCCUCGCCAUCCCCGCCAUCCCAAGGAGGAAGGUGUUAGGGAAGGAUGAAGAGGGGAGAGCAUUUGCAUGCGUAACAAGGCCGAAGUGAGGGAGAGAGAAAGAGGGAACAGGAGAUGAAAAGAAAUUACCAUACGCCAGGAUCUUGUUAUUCAACCCAAUUUUCAAAGGACCACAGCUGUCGCACUGAGAUAAUCCGUUAAUUAUAACAGCCAUUGUGCUUUGGCAAUGGGAGAGAAACCAGGCUGGGGAGCAAGCAGACGGCGAGGUGGGGGUGGGUGCAGGCCUUUGGGGGGCCGGACCUGUGAGAGAGGCCAGGGGCAGGCAAAGAGGGGUGUGUUGCCCUUGAGAUUGAAAGGAAGACACUGUUGAGGGGGGCCGGGCCUCAUCCCCUCCUGGCCACCAUCGGUAGGGCAGUGGGUGGCGAGGACCCGCUGUGGGUGGGGCGCUGUGCCUCGCCUGCCAGCCUGGCCACUGUAACCGUACUAGCGGUGGCUGACUUUAUUGAGCACUUACUAUGUGCCGGACUCUGCUCUGUGGCUGUUCACUCCGCCCUCUGAGGUAGGGCCCUUCUGGUCUCAUUUCACAGAAGAGGAUACUGAGACUCAGAGGGCACGUUCCGUGGCAGAGCGGGGAUCUGAGCUGAAUGUGGCCCGCCCUUCUAGAACAUUCGGGGGUGGCCGUCUCUGUGGAUCGCCCAUGAGUUUUAGGACCAAGGAAUUGGUAGCUAGGGAUAGGACUCUUGAGCCCCAGCCUUUUAAUCAGAGACCCGCAAGAUGACAGACCCAUGCUGUUGGAGGAUGGCUUGGUGGCCACGCGCCCUGGGCCACGAUUUCUGUGCAGCCGGCAGUCAUGGGGUGCCCCCCCUGCAUUUCCGGGGCUUUUCCAGCAUGGACAGAGCUUCCUUGUUCUCCGAUGCCACAGCUGCAGGCCCCUGGGGGCUCCCCCACCUGCUCCAGAGAAGCUAGUCUCAGGGCCAGGAGAGGGACCCCUUGCCACUGCCUGCUUCAGGGUUGGGAUGGGCUGAGCCCCUGGGAUGGCUGCAGACCCUGGGUGCUGGGGCCUGCAACAGACAGUGGCAGGCGGGGGGGGCAGGAGUCCCAGGUGAGCAGAGCGAGGGGGUCUUGAGGUCUGUGGGGAGAGGGGUGGGAGCAAGGGGCCAUUCCAGACACUCCAGAGCCCUUUGCUGCAGGCGCUAUUCUGGGGUGAUCUCAAAACUGUCCCUGGGAUGUGGCUUCAGCAGCCGAGGCCUUGGGCCUCCCAGUGUCCACAGCAGCCUUGGCUGGCAGUGUUUUAUGGGGGUAGGAAUUAUCUUUGGAGCCAGUAAACCUCAAACCUCAGCAGGAACCCCGAACCUGAUCCGGGAACCCAAGCAACAUCAUUGGAGAGCCAGGGGUCCCCUGGGGGUGACAGGCAGAGCCAGGAGAUUGUAUGGGUGCUCCUCCGGUUAGAGGUCCCCACCCCAGUGGGCCUGCUUGGAGCCAAGGUGGGGUCUGCUUUUGGGUCAGAGCAGCUUAAAAGUAGAAUUGAUGACCCACAGAGACCAAGACUGAGUAGGCUUUUAGGAUCAAGGAAUGAUUGAUGGGUAGGUAGAGAACUCUUGAGCCCAGACUCAUUAUAGAGGCACCCCAAGAUGGGAGAGCCUGCUGUUAGAGUGUCCCAGGGCCACAGAACAGGGAGGACAGGAUGGCAGGGACUUCAGCACUCUCGGGUCCUAGACCAGGAGGCUUGUGGGAUUCCCCCCACCCAACCCCAGGCCUGGGAUUCUAAUCAUUCCCACACUGAGGUUCCCUCCGUGGCUGGGCUCAUAACCUCCAAGGGGCAGCAGGCAGCCUCAGCCAGAGAGGCAGGGAGGCCGAUGGGCAUGUGCUUUGUCCCUGCAGGGACGCAGAUCCUGGGCAGCCAGGCUUUCCAGGUGUUUCAGUGGAUUCCAGAAAUGGGGAUUUUUGAAAUGAAGCCUCCCAAGUUUUCAACAUUGGGCAACUAAUUGAACAAAUGUUUUGGAAGCACUGUCCGGAUGAAACAGGAUCCCAUGGCAUCCCUUGACCGAGAGCCUGGUGCCACGGAGGGUCAAAGCCAACUGUGCAGGAGUCGUUGAGACCUCAGUUUCCUCCUCUGUAAAGUGGGAAUGAUAACGGUCCUGGCUCCCAAGGUGGUGCUGAGGAUAAAUGAGCUGACGUGAGAGGUGCUUAGGCCCAGCUCGUGAAGGAGCCAGGUCUGCAGCUUGCCCCAGGCUGCCCGUCCCUCCCCGGCCAGGCUGCCUCCCAGGGGGCUGCACUCUGUGCCACUAGAGCCUCCGCUUCUCCCGGUGGGCUCCUAAUGUGCUACCCCGCUUUGGGAUAGCCCUGAGGGUGUUGGAAGGCAAGGAAAUGUUCACCCCUUGGGGCCCUGGAGGAGGAGCAAGCAGAGCUGGGAGGGCAGGCCUAGCCGGUGCCUGGUACAUAGUAGGUGCUCCAUAAAUGUUUAUUGAAUGAAUGAAUGGAGGCCAUGCAGGCAGAGGCAGCCGCGCGUGUGCAGGCACUGGUGAAAGAGCGGGUCCAGUGGAGACUGGAGCCAGGAGACAGAUGGGUCUCUUCCUUCCUGUCCCGUCUCUCAAGCUCCCUCCUCAGAGCUUCAUUCUCCAGCCUCCUGUGGGAAUCGUGGGAAUCGUCUGAAGUUUGAGCCUAGAACCAGAGGAGGAGGAGGAGGAGGAGGAAGAAGACAAGGAAGAGGAGGAGGAGGAGGGAGAGGAAGUCUUGAGAGCCCGUGCACCUUUCCAGAAACAGGCGGUGGGGGUGCGUCCCAGGCCCAUCCUCGGUGGCCCACGCCUGCCAGUAGCACCCCUGAGAGGACCCCCCCCCCACCGCCGCCCUCUACCGCGGUUGGCACCGGCCGCGUCUGCUCCCUCGGGGGGACCCCUGUGCCGGGGGUCGCCCCCAAGAUGGUGGCGGCCCCAGGGAGGACUGUGCCGCCAGCCCCAGCCUCCCGCUGCUAGGUCCCCUGUGCCCCGGGCCCCCCUUACCCCAAGCCCGGCCUUCCAGGGGGGCCACGGCCGGCGUCAUGCUGCGCCUGGGGCUGUGCGCCGCCGCGCUGCUGUGCGUGUGCCGGCCGGGCGCCGUGCGCGCCGACUGCUGGCUCAUCGAGGGCGACAAGGGGUACGUGUGGCUGGCCAUCUGCAGCCAGAACCAGCCGCCCUAUGAGACCAUCCCGCAGCACAUCAACAGCACCGUGCACGACCUGCGGCUCAACGAGAACAAGCUCAAGGCCGUGCUCUACUCCUCGCUCAACCGCUUCGGGAACCUCACCGACCUCAACCUCACCAAGAACGAGAUCUCUUACAUCGAGGACGGCGCCUUCCUGGGCCAGUCGAGCCUGCAGGUGCUGCAGCUUGGGUACAACAAGCUCAGCAACCUGACGGAGGGCAUGCUGCGCGGCAUGGGCCGCCUGCAGUUCCUCUUCCUGCAGCACAACCUCAUCGAGGUGGUGACGCCUGCCGCCUUCUCUGAGUGCCCGAGCCUCAUCAGCAUCGACCUGUCCUCCAACCGCCUCAGCCGCCUGGACGGCGCCACCUUCGCCAGCCUGGCCAGUCUCAUGGUGUGCGAGCUGGCCGGCAACCCCUUCAACUGUGAGUGUGACCUCUUCGGCUUCCUCGCCUGGCUGGUGGUCUUCAACAAUGUCACCAAGAACUACGACCGGCUGCAGUGCGAGUCCCCACGCGAGUUCGCCGGCUACCCGCUGCUGGUGCCCCGGCCCUAUCACAGCCUCAACGCCAUCACCGUGCUCCAGGCCAAGUGCCGCAACGGCUCGUUGCCCGCCCGGCCUGCGAGCCACCCCACGCCCUACUCCACCGACGCCCAGAGGGAGCCCGAUGAGAACUCGGGCUUCAACCCCGACGAGAUCCUUUCGGUGGAGCCCCCGGCCUCGUCCACCACAGAUGCAUCGGCGGGGCCCGCCAUCAAGCUGCACCACGUCACCUUCACUUCGGCCACCCUGGUGGUCAUCAUCCCGCACCCCUACAGCAAGAUGUAUGUCCUGGUCCAGUACAACAACAGCUACUUCUCCGACGUCAUGACGCUCAAGAACAAGAAGGAGAUCGUCACGCUCGACAAGCUGCGGGCGCACACCGAGUACACCUUCUGCGUGACCUCGCUGCGCAACAGCCGCCGCUUCAACCACACCUGCUUGACCUUCACCACGCGGGACCCCGUCCCGGGCGACCUGGCGCCCAGCACCUCCACCACCACCCACUACAUCAUGACCAUCCUGGGCUGCCUCUUCGGCAUGGUCAUCGUGCUGGGCGCCGUCUACUACUGCCUGCGCAAGCGGCGCAUGCAGGAGGAGAAGCAGAAGUCGGUCAAGGUCAAGAAGACCAUACUGGAGAUGCGCUACGGGGCGGAUGUGGAUGCCGGCUCUGUGGUCCACGCCGCCCAGAAGCUGGGCGAACCUCCCGUGCUGCCCGUGUCCUGUAUGUCCUCCAUCCCCUCCAUGAUUGGGGAGAAGCUGCCCACCUCCAAGGGGCUGGAGGCUGGGCUGGACACCCCCAAGGUGGCCACCAAGGGCAACUACAUCGAGGUGCGCACAGGCGCGGGUGGGGAUGGCCUGGCCCGGCCUGAGGAUGACCUCCCGGACCUGGAGAACGGCCAGGGCUCGGCCGCCGAGAUCUCCACCAUCGCCAAGGAGGUGGACAAGGUCAACCAGAUCAUUAACAACUGCAUCGAUGCCCUGAAGCUGGACUCGGCCUCGUUUCUGGGGGGUGGCGGCGGCAGCGGGGACCCCGAGCUGGCCUUCGAGUGCCAGUCCCUCCCCGCGGCCGCCGCCGCCGCCGCCGCCUCGGCCGCCCCCCCUGGGGCGCUGGAGCGGCCCAGCUUCCUCUCGCCCCCGUACAAGGAGAGCUCCCACCACCCGCUCCAGCGCCAGCUGAGCGCCGACGCCGCCGUGGCCCGCAAGACCUGCAGCGUGUCGUCCAGCGGCUCCAUCAAGAGCGCCAAGGUCUUCAGCCUGGACGUGCCCGACCACCCGGCCGCCGCGGGGCUGGCCAAGGGCGACUCCAAGUACAUCGAGAAGGGCAGCCCCCUCAACAGCCCGCUGGACCGGCUCCCGCUGGUGCCGGCGGGCAGCGGCGGCGGCGGCAUCCACCACCUGGAGGUGAAGCCCGCCUUCCACUGCAGCGAGCACCGGCACAGCUUCCCGGCGCUGUACUACGAGGAGGGCGCCGACAGCCUGAGCCAGCGCGUGUCCUUCCUCAAGCCGCUGACCCGCUCCAAGCGGGACUCCACCUACUCGCAGCUCUCCCCCAGACACUACUACUCAGGUUACUCGUCCAGCCCUGAGUACUCCUCCGAGAGCACGCACAAGAUCUGGGAGCGCUUCCGGCCCUACAAGAAGCACCACCGGGAGGAGGUGUACAUGGCCGCAGGCCACGCCCUGCGCAAGAAGGUCCAGUUCGCCAAGGACGAGGACCUGCACGACAUCCUCGAUUACUGGAAGGGGGUCUCGGCCCAGCAGAAGCUGUGACCCUCUCCUUCCCGGUGAGGCCGGAGGGGGAGGGCUGGGGGCUCGUGGGGAAGGGCCCGGCGGCCCGGCCGGGGCGGGGAGGGGGGUGACGGGGGGCGCUGGGGCCGAGGCCGAGGAGUGGACGCACACGCACACCCGCACGCACGCACCCAUGCACACACCUGACCACCACCUGACUGUGAACAACCACCACCCGACAAUAACGGACAGGAAAACAAAGACACGUUCUCCUUAAAGUUUACACACUGAUACCGAAACCAGUCGUCUUUACUGUGCUGCCCAGGGACUCUGCUGGGGUGUGCGGGGCUGGGGGGGCGGGGCGCAGGCCAGGAAAGAAGCUGAAAGGGGGUGUGGGUUCCGGGGCUCUGGGACUAGGGAUGGGUUUGGGGGCAGAGGAGUCCGGGGCGGGGAGAGGGUUCCCCUCUCCCACCCCCGGCUCUGGGGACAGGUCACUCACAUGGAGAUUUAGCACCAGGCAGACACUGGGCAUCAUUUCCUUUCUUUAUGGCUGGGGAAACUGAGGCUCAGAGAAAGGAGGUGAUAACCCCAGGGCCACACGUGGCAGGUUAGGCCCUUGCCCAACUUCCCAGCCCCAUGCUGUGUCCCCGCCCUUCGUCUGCCCGCCACCCCCUUCCGGAGCUGUGGUCUCCUGGGGCUGAGGAACUUGAGAAUCAGGCAGGUGCUCUUCCUUUCUAGAAAGCCCCACAGCCAUGCCCCCCGCCCCAAGUGUGGAGCUGUGAUUCAUCACACUGGGGGUCCUUCGCCCCCUUGCCAGCACCCAGGAGAGAUGGGAGGUCUUGCUUGCGAGAAAGGAGCAGAGGCACCAGAGGCACGGGGCCAUUCCACCAGCCCCCUUCAAGUGUCUUCCAAGUAGCCUGGGAGCUGCUUCUGGGGCCUGAGGAGAGAGCAGCGGGCCAGCUCCCACCGCCUCUCAGGUGCAGGCCCCCUUGCCCCACCCCGCAGCCUCUCUGGGCCCCUAGGGCCCCUACUCAUCCCAGAGGGCAGCAGUGAACUGUGAUGCCUGGGAGCAGUGGGGAGGCAGGGUGUCACGGGGGUCUCUCUGCCUGUGCCCGCACGUCCUGGCCUCCCGCCUGCCUGACCCCCAGGUGGGACUUCGGGGGCAGCAUCUCUCGGCCUGCCCAGGGGAAGGAGGGCUUUCCCAGGCUUACUCACCCACCACUUCUUGGCUGCCCUUCCCUCCCCACCCUCUGGCCAGAGGGGCUCCCAUGUUUCCAUGGAAAUGGCCGCUCCUCCCCUUGCAGACCCCCACCCAACAUCGAACAAAGCACAAACAGUGAGCACCACCCCUCCCUGCUGGGGGGGGAGCGCAGGCAGGUUCUUGGGGCCCCUCCCUCUUCCUGGCCAGCUUCUGUCUCCAUGGCAACCCAGGGCCUGGCAGUUGGGACUGUUGGGCUCCUGGGGGUUCUCUCUCAGUGUGGGCGGUGGAGGGUGGUAAGGGAGGGCAGGGCCAGGUGGCUGUGGCCUCUCUCACAGCUAGGGGCUUUCAGGGAUGAGUCUGGGGGCUGGGGGAGGCUGACCUGGGGUCCUGAGGCUGUGGGGGCUUGAGCACACUGUCAGGGUGCUGAGGGGCCCUUCACCUUUGGUUAGGACGUGGGCCAACGGGCGGUGGGGACAACUAUAGCUUUGCCCACCUGCCAAUGUGCUGCUUGGCUCCCCACCCACCUCAGGAUGGGGAGGAGCCCACUCAGCUCCCCCCACAGCCCUGUUGGAGACCCCUAGCCUCUGGCCUGUCACCCCGUUGGGUUUCUUGAGAUUUGGGGAGUGUGGCUGUGGGGUGAGAGUGGGCACUGGGGUGGGAUCAAGACCUGUACUGUGUGUAGGGGGCGGUCCUGACCAGGAAAGCUAGUGCCAUCUCCUGGGCUGGGGUGGGGGUGUCUAGCGACCUUUCUGCCAGGGGUAGGGUCUGGGGGAGGUCUUUUGGAGGGUUGCCAGGGCUCAACGGAGCGCCUCUCUUACACCCACUUGGGCGACAGACCAAGCCCAGGGCUCACUUUGGGAGUGACAUUUGCAAAGAAAGGACUGUUUUUCUGGGGAAUAGAGAGGAGGGGGCCAGCAGGAUAACGCAGAGCAGACCUCCCUCAGCCCCUGAAACCUGGCCCCCCCAACCCCUCCUCACACCAGAUUGGCAAAACUGAGAACAGCAAGCAGGCAAAGCCAGUGGUGUGAGAAAGCAGAUUCCUGUUAUAUUUGCAUGACGAUUUUACUGUAUUUUUCUGAGCAAACAUCUGUCGUGUAUGUGCCAGUUUGUCCAGACUCCCAGGCCCCCCUCCCGCCACCCCCUCUUGCCCACAUUCCCUCUGUUGUGAUCUGACAAGCAGCUCUUGAAACCUGGGGAGGGACCAGCUCUGCAAAAGACCCAAAACAGGUGCCACCGAAACACAGCCCCCACCCCGUACCCGUCUCCUGUCUUUCUGAAUGGUGGAUCCUGCAAGCGUUGCCUCACCCUGUGGGUCCCAGUUUCGUGCCCUCCUCCUUCCCCCUCCUCCCUGCCAGAGAAGGGUAGCCCCAGGGAAGGGAGCAUGGGAGGACCUCUUUAUCCCACUUGCUGCCCUUCUCAGAUGAAGAUGGGGGGUGCUGAAGAGGGAAGGGCUGGGUGGUUUGGCCAUCAGGUUGGUGGGGGGACAGUCACACUGCUGAAUACUGGGGGCUGAGAGCUCAGGGCUUCAUGGGUGGUUUUAUGGGGAGGCUUGGGGCCCUGAGUGGGGGGGAGCCCAUGGAAGGAGCUGGGGCCCAGGGUGGCCUGGCCUCAGUGGAGAUGGAGCUUCCCCCGGGGAAGGAAGGGAGCCUCACCCUUGGAAGGUGCGGGAGCCCCACCCUUGCCAUUCCCCCAUCAUUCCUGGUUGAAGAUGACCUCUAAAAACCGCAGGCCAUCUUACUUUGGGGGCUUUAAGGCUAGGUCUCCGUCUUAAUGGCGAGGGUCUUGCCACCUUGGGAGGCAAUCAGCCUUCACAACCUAGAUCGCGCCAACCUUGGAGACAGAACAGGAUCUAACUUGGGCCUCUGGCCUCCCAGCCAGGCUGUAUCUUCAGCUGCCCAGCCAGUGCCCUCCACCUGGGAAAAGUGCCAGUGCACCGUAGCCCACCUUGGAGGCUUUCUUGCAUCUGUGUCCUAUAUCUUCCUGUUCAGGAUACUUCUUCUCCCAGCCGUGAGCAAAAUACGAGACACAAAUGAACAUUCCCGUUGAGGCGUCAGGCUGGCCGAGGCCCUGUGUUUGUAAUGGCGAUGAGCACGGUGGGCCUGGGCCGGAGCCUGGGCAGGUGGGGAGGGUGGGCAGGCAGGAGGGAAGGGAAGGGGAAGCUACUGGGCAAGGCGGAGGGCGAGGAAGAGGAGGAGAUGUGGGUGCUGUACCCUGGACCUCCUGAGGAGGCCUCCUUACCUUGGGUUGUGCCUGGGCUUUGCUGUCACUGUCAGAGCAUCUCCAGAGGAAAUUCCUGGGUACCUAUCGCUGGAGGGUGGCACCAGGAGGGCUACUGUCACUGGGAGGGCUGGCGCUGCUAACCCUCUGUUGGAGCUAAUGGUUUUCCAGAAGGGAAAAGCAGAGGUCGGGGGCGGGAGGGUACAAACAAAAAAACACCUUAGUGUAGUGUAGAUACCUCCACAGGGGUCCCAGGGCCUGCCCCUACCUGCGGGAGGCCCCUCCCCUCUGCACGGCUCCCAGGGGGCCAGGGGACAGUGCCAGAGGACUGUGGAGGCUGCCCCCAGUCCAGGCUGGGGGUGGGGUAGGGUAGGGCUAUCUGUGGGGUGGUGGGAGUGGAAAGACCCACGGGACAGCAAGAGUAGGCCUGCAGGGCCCCAAGGGCUGGAGGGGCAGGGGAGAGGCUGGGCCUGGCCCUGGGGCUCUUUCAAGUUGCGGACUAGAAGCCGCUCAGCAUCCCCACUCCUGGAAAUUUGACAGAGAGGGAACAGAAGCUCAGGAAAGGAAAGGAAGGAAAUCUUCUAGGGUCUCGAAACCAGAUAGGGCUGGACCGAGUCCAGGAAGGGGAACCAGGCAUGGGGACCAGGAGUAACAGGCCCUAGCUUGUAAAGGCCUCCUGUGCAGACAAGGGACAGCCACAAAAUGUUCCCCAGUGGGGGACACUGUGUGGAGAAUUAAAAAAUAAAAACGGAGGGGAUGGUGCUCAGGGCAUGGGGGAGGGGCUCAGGGCACCCCUCUGACAGGGGCCCGGCUGGGAGGACUAACCCACCAGCUGCAAGGACCAGACCAGAGGGGAGGGGGUGAGGCGUGGCUGGGUGUCCCCAAGAAGCUCCUCAGGUGUCCCCACCCCCUCUGAGGGAGCCUACCCCACCCCACUGGUGGCUGAGCAGCGGGGGGGAUGGGGCUCUUUCUGGGUGGCAGCACUGGGGGUGUCUGACCCUGAGGGGCCUAAGGGGGCAGGGCUGACCCGUGCCCAGGGGGGCUGGCGGGAAGGCUGGGGCUUGCUCGAUCCAUCCCUCCCCACUGAGGCUUCUGCUCCGCAGUGCGCCCUCCGUCCCAGGAGCUGCAGGGCUCCUUGUCCUCCAUCCUGACCCACGUCCUCCCACCUCUAAGACAGAACCAGUAUUUACACUCUUUGCCUCUCCUGCCUGCCUCAGAAGCCUCAUUAAAGGUCCCUCACUGCUGCUGAGCUGAGGGAGAGGAAGGGGGUGUCAAACGGGGUGCGUGGGAGGCUGUGGGCUUUCUCUUGCUUCUUGCCCCUCGCCCAACAAGCACAGGGCUGGACAGGGGCAGGGGUCCCUCCUGGCUCCCCCCUCCCCUCCUCCCUCCGUUGCUCUCUCCCUCCCCCCACAAGGAGCCACCAGCCCCGUGGGCACCUGCGGCUGGCUUGGCACCUGGUUUGGGUACUGCAGAGCUGGACUCCCGGCCCUGGGCUAUGAACCUGUGACCCCUAGCUGUGUGUGGACCUUUCCUUCCUCGGGGGGGGGUGGCCCAAAACCUCUCCUUUUCUUCUUUUGGGGGGGGUAAUAACUUCAUUUAUUUUCUCUUCCCUCUAUCUGCCUCUCCCUCCUCCCGAUUUCCUGUUUUAAACUGAAUGGCACGAAAUUGUUUUCCUCAACUCGGAGAUUCCUGUAUGGAGAGAAUCAAUUUCUAUAUUUGCAAUAAAUUUCUUAUUUAAAACAA